UACAUAUAUAGUGCGCCUGUGCCACUGCUCUGUUUUACGCAUGGUGCACUGCACCUCACGAAGACGCAGGACCGAAAUCACACAGUCUGUACGCAACGCUGUUUACACAAGGUGGCUGGGCGCCCAGUCAUGACAUAAGAAAUAGUCUGCGGCAGUGCCCUUUCGUCCAGACAACGCAUGGCAGAUGAGAAAAAGCCGUCUAUACGAAAACUCAGGCAGGGCUGCAUCAAUCACUCAAGCCAUCCAUAUCCACACACGCAGCACAAUGCAGUCUCCGCCCCCUCCCUGUCCAUCCAUAUACGCUUCAGCCAGCCAGGUACGCAUGACCCCUGUGUCAAUCGAUCUCCAUGUCCACCACGAGAACGGUCCGGGUGAGGUCCACUGGGGGCCUCGUUGGGUCGAAGUCCACAGCCGUGAACCGCAGAUGCCGACCCAACAUGGCCUGGGGACGACGCAACACGUCAGCGAGGGGCACUUCCACCUUGCCUGUGACAGACAGACAGACAGACAGACAUGAGAUUCUCACGUCUGUCAUGUGGUGCCGCCUUGCUGACCGAUUGGUUGGUGUGCUCGCAGCAUCUCAUAGUCCAUCAGAGUGAAGCGGAGCACGAGAUCCUUCACGUCGGCUGCCCCAACACGACGCAGACGCGCCUGAUUAAUUGAUGGAUGGAUGGACAGCACAAGGCACACAUGACACAUGCAGUGUGUGGGGCCGUGCGGCGUCGUGUGUGUCAUCCGUACGGCUUUAACGGGCAGCACGAGCUCCUCCUCCCAUCUUGGCUGCAGUGUGUUGUACCGCACUGUCGUCUUGGCCACACAGCCCUGACGAGACGACACACGUGCGGACGCACAGUAAGCCGGCCGUUCGUUUGUGCCAUUCACCGAUCCAUCUCACAUCCAUUGUCGUUGCCUCGUCCUCCUCCUGUUUGCCCCGAUAGCCACCAUGAAGUGAAGGCGCCUUGCCAGGCUGAUUGAUGAGGGAAUAUACAUCACACACGCACACCUACAUGUCCACCCACACACACUUUCCUGCUCGCUCACCCCCACGACGCGAAUCUCCACGUAAGGGUCACUUUUGCCUAGCCAGUCAGUCUUGGGCAGAUGCAUCGCCUCGACAAUUCGCACUCGGACUGUCACGUCAUCGCUCACACGCUGCGCGGCCGUCGGUGCAGACGACGACGUCUCUUUUCCUGUGGGCUUGGCGGGCUCGGCAGCGGGAGGGCUGGAUGGAGUGGAUGGGGGGAGCCCGACGGGCUCAGCUGGCCUCUCGUGGAGAUCGGGAGACAAGGUCGUCUGCGGCGACGCCCGAGAGGCAGCUUCCUCCUGUCCAACACAGCACCACCACACACAAGCGGAGACAGAUGCAUUUGUCCCUUUGCACCGGAAGGUGUGUGUGCUGACUGACCGGUUGCUGUGACGCUGGCGACAGAGUGGGUGGCGUCGUCUCGCCUCGUGCCUUGAGCUUGGCGCACACUGGCCACUGGGAGGGACUCUUGGGACGGCAAUAGGCCAGAGGUAAGGCGUUCUCACAUGAAACCGGGGAACCAGCAGCCUGGAUGGACACACACAGACGCAUCGGACGCAAUGUGUACUGCUCUGGCUAUGUGUGUGUUGCCUUCCUCACCCCUCCACACUUGAUGCGAUGGAAGUGGUGCGCCUCUUCGGUUUCAUAAUCGCCGCCACCGAUGGCCUCAACCUUCCCGCCCACAUCUGCGUUGACAGGCAUCCCCACCGGGAGCUCCUGCACGCUGCUCUCAUCCGCCGACACCUCAGGGUCUUCACACGCGCAAAACAGCGACCAAAAGGCCCCAUACAGCCCGCCAGCUUUGCCCUGCUUGGUCUCCCUUGUCUGAGGCAGUCGGGGCAAACGCGCCACCCGCUCAGGACCAAAGCGAUCGAUCAGCUUCUGUUCGUUCUUCUCCCUUUCUGACGGCAUUAGAGCGUCCGGCGAGAAGGAGACCUUGACGUGCAGCCGAGAGUCGCUGAUGUAGAGAGGCGGCCGCCUCUUGCCCUCCUGCACAUAAGCGUAGCCGUCAUGGUCAUAGCUGCCGCUGUCCGGCGGGGGCCGGAGGGACAGUGCCUCGGGAAGGCUCCCCCCAUGCUGAUAGAAAGGGUCCAUGACUAUUUUCAGGGGCAGCCACACCUCGCCCACAGGGCAUGCGGCCGCGUUCGGGUCGUAAUGCAUGACUCUGAAGUGGAUGAAGAGUGACGUUGGGUGGACGGGGAGGUCGGCCAAAUGAAAGAAGAGGUGCUCGUGCCACUGCGGGUUGAUGGUGGAGGGCCUGUAGUCUGUCCUCCUGGUGCUGUUGGUGACUGUUUGGCGGGCCAGGUUGAACGCCGGAUGGUCUGGCCGAGGCGGUACUUGCACUAAGCGCACCUGAAAUGGCAUGGCACAACAUCGGAAAUCACCUCAUUGAUUCUGUAUUGGGUUGUGUGUGCGGUUGGUUGGUUGGUCUGCCUGACGUACCUCUACAUAAGGAUUGCAUGUGCCGUCCCACUCCAUGACGGGCAGCCGGAUGCCCCGCUCGACCACCACGCCCAACACACCCUCCCCCACCCACUUGCCGGUCACCUCACCCACAGCAUAGCCCUCCAGCCGCCCCUCAGCUGCCAUCCUGACCUGCCACUCCUUGACCCGCGCCCUCAGCUCAUGCCUCAUCGCCUGCAGCUGCACCAGUUCCUCGUCGAGCCGCUUGCGCAGGACAGUUGCCUUCAGAGACCUGGUGUCGUUUGUCAGCUGCCGAAUGCGGUCAUCCAGGGCUGCCAACUGAUCAGGGGCGCUGUCGUAGCCGCUCGCUGUGCUGGGGGGGGCACCCCAGUGAUGUGAGUAGGCCCAUGGCAGUGCAAGGCUGUGGUCUGCGGGGAGCCGACUAUAUUGCAAGGCCUGGCCGUGCAUCUUCUUUCGCCAAACAAACAGUUUCGAUUUCCCGACGGUCUCGUGGCGUAGUGUCGUGCCUGUCGUGCCUGUCUGCUUCCCUGCUGUUUCCUCUUUCUCUAAGCUCGCGAAUUCG